AUGAUUAUACUGUUGGUGAGGAUAUUUUUCAUUUUGGAAUAUGCAUCUUUCGCCAUAGCUAUCCUUCGUUUGAUAUCCACAUUACACUUACAACCUGAGAAAAGAUCUCUUAUUCCUUGGAAGACCUUAAAUGGUCAAGGAGUGACAAUAUUCAGAAAGUGGAUAGUGGAGGGAUGUUGCGAAAAAUUGGGCGUCCUCUCCUGGAAUAUCAGACAUGGCACUUUAAAUACUGAAUCGCUUACUGGACGCUUCAUGAAGAUCGUCAACAUGCUGGGAAGGCGAAGGGUAGACAUCUGUUUUCUGCAGGAAACAAAAUGGAAACCAAUUUGUGUCUCUCUUAUAGGGAGUUACAAACGCCAAAAUGACUUCUGGAACACAUUCUCAGAUGCUAUCAGAAAAAUAUCAUCAUCAGAGAUACCAUUGAUAUGUGGCGACCUCAACAGCCAUGUUGGAGAUAAAGCAAAUGGGUUCCACGGUGUCCAUGGAGGCUUUGACUACGGGUCUCAAAACGAAGACGGUGUAUGGAUUCUGGAAUUUGCUGAAAUGUUGAACACCUAUUUCAAAAAAAGGGCAGAACAUUUGAUCACAUAUAAAAUCGGAAUGUCAUGCGCACAAAUUGACUUUAUCGUCUUUUUAAAGAUUCAUCCGGAUAGCCGACCCACGACCAACUCAGCCGUCCAUCGUUUCGAGGCUGGUAAAUGGGUGGACGACGUAAUUUGUCGCUUGUUGACCGGCGAGAUGGCUCAGUGGUUCAAAUGCUCGCUGAGUCAAAACAUCUCAAUGGCUAUCAUAUACUCAGCGUAUACGAUGCGGUGCUAG